AUGUGAAAGAAAAAAAUGCCGCCGAAAACUGGAGCUGGAGCUGGAGCUGGGAGCGCAAGCAAGAAGGCUGGAAAGGCACAGAAGAGCAUCAACACUGGCGAAAACAAAAAGAGGCGCAAGGCCCGGAAGGAGAGCUAUUCCAUCUAUAUCUACAAAGUGCUGAAGCAAGUCCAUCCAGACACUGGGGUGUCAUCGAGGGCGAUGGGCGUCAUGAACAGCUUGGUCAAUGACUUAUUCGAGCGCAUUGCCUCCGAAGCAUCGCGUUUGGGUCACUACAACAAAAAGAGCACCAUCACAAGUCGCGAAAUCCAAACGUCUGUGCGUCUACUGCUGCCGGGAGAGCUGGCCAAGCAUGCCGUUAGUGAGGGCACCAAGGCCGUCACCAAGUACACCAGCUCCAAGUAAAUGUUUUUCACAUCACUGCAGAUUAAAAUAAGGAAUGUACGAGUAAAUUGCAACCCAAUUAGGCUCUUGUUUGGCAGGGCCAAAAACGUUAGUCAUUUAAUAUACUAAGAAACAAAUAAGAAAUAAAUGAAUAUAUAUGUGAAA